AGGGGUUAGGGUUUCUCGUGCUUAAAGAGGGUGGUGACCUAUUGCUCAUUUACUAAUCGGCUCGUCCGCGAGAGAGAAGGAGAAACGGAGUUUAGGCAGCGGCGGCAGCAGCAGCAGCCAUGGUGAAGUAUUCAAGGGAGCCGGAAAAUCCCACCAAAUCAUGCAAGGCGAGGGGCUCUGAUCUGAGGGUCCAUUUUAAGAACACAAGGGAGACUGCCCAUGCCAUUAGAAAGUUGCCUCUGGUCAAGGCAAAGCGAUACUUGGAGGAUGUUCUGGCCCAUAAACAAGCCAUUCCAUUCCGAAGAUUUUGUCGUGGUGUUGGUCGAACAGCUCAGGCCAAGAACCGUCAUUCAAAUGGGCAAGGACGCUGGCCUGUGAAAUCAGCAAAGUUCAUUCUUGAUUUGCUUAAGAAUGCAGAGAGCAAUGCUGAUGUGAAAGGUUUGGAUGUGGAUUCUCUUUACAUAUCCCAUGUCCAGGUGAACCAAGCGCAGAAGCAGAGGAGACGCACAUACCGUGCUCAUGGGAGGAUCAACCCUUAUAUGUCAUCUCCAUGUCACAUUGAGCUGAUCUUGUCUGAGAAAGAGGAGCCAGUGAAGAGGGAGCCCGAGACUCAGCUGGCCCCUAGGACAUCCAAGAAGGCUUUACGAAGUGGUGCAUCUUCUUGAAUGGGUAGAUGAGAUGAUGAGCAAUUUUUGUCUUCUGCAGUUCGAAGUUUCUUUUUCCUCUUUAAAGAGGAUGAUGUUGCUUGACAUCUGGUGUCUUGUUAUUCAGAGAUGCCAGAACCUUUUUCUUAUUGUUGGUUUAUGUUGCAUGAAUUUUAUUUUAUUAGGUAUAACUUGUGUAAAACUUAUAUGGAGAAGUUCUUAGACAUUUUAAUGAGCAUUGGGCAAAGUUUGUGUUCA